AUGCGAUUGAUCCUGUUUUCUGGUGCCCUUUGGGGGCAUAUCUACUGUCGAGAAACAUUUGUGGGAGACCAAGUUCUUGAGAUCAGACCAAGGAAUGAAGAACAAAUAAAAACUCUGGUGGAAUUGGAGGAUGAAGAACAUCUUCAGCUUGAUUUCUGGAAAUCACCCACCAUCCCAGGAGAGACAAUCCAUGUCCGAGUUCCCUUUGUCAGCAUCCAGGCAAUCGAAGUUUCCUUAAAGUCCGAGGUUCUCUUGGACACGGAGAAUGAAGAAAUGUUCCUUAGGGAAGAGAACAGAAUGGUAACUUCAAUUUCCUGAGAAAUGGAUAACCUCGUUGCUGAGCACCCUGGUCUAGUGAGCAAAGUGGACAUUGGCUAUUCUUUCAAAAACCGGCCCAUGAACGUGCUCAAGUUCAGCACGGGAGGAGACAAGCUGGCUAUCUGGCUAGAGGCUGGGAUCCAUGCCGGUGAGUGAGUUACACAAGCUACUGCACUGUGAACUGCAAAUAAGAUUGCCUCUGAUUAUGGAAAUGACCCAUCCAUCACUUUAUUGGAUACGAUGGAUAUCUUCCUGCUCUCUGAUGGCUAUGUGUUCUCUCAAACAAAGAAUCGUAUGUGGCGGAAGACCUGGUUCAAGGUAUCUGGAAGCCUCAGUGUUGGUGUUGAUCCUAACCGGAACUGGGAUGUGGGUUUUGGAGGACCUGGAACCAGCAACAACCCUUGCUCUGACUCAUACCGUGGACCCAGUGCCAACUCUGAAGUUGAAGUGAAAUCCAUAGUGGACUUUAUCAAGAGUCCUGGCAAAGUCACGGCCUUCAUUACCUUCCACAGCUAUUCCCAGCUGCUGAUGUUCCCCUAUGGGUAUACAUGUGCCGAGUCACAUAAAUUUGAUGAGCUGAAUGAAGUGGCCCAAAAGGCUGCCCAAUCUCUGACAAGCCUGCACGGCACCAAGUACAAAGUGGGACCUAUCUGCUCAGUCAUCUACCAAGCCAGUGGAGGAAGCACUGACUGGUCCUAUGACUCUGGAAUCAAAUACUCAUUUGAAUUUGAACUGUGAGACACAGAUCGAUAUGACUUCCUCCUGCUGGCCAAUCAGAUCUUACCCACAGUGAAAGAGACCUGGUUUGGCUUGAAGACAGUCAUGGAGCAUGUGCGAGACCACUCCUAUUAA